AUGACACAAAGGAGCAGCAGUGGAACAGCAGAGGAGCCUGUCAGGGAGAGACAGGGAGCUGUCAGGCAGCCCACAAUCAGAGCUGGGGAGGGCGCGCGUCCCGGGUCCCACUCCAAUGUGGAGGGGGCAGCAUGUGUCAAUCGCAGGAGUAAGUGGACAGAUAGUCAUCACAAUGAAGAACUCUAUCCUGGUCACAUUCCCACCUCUCUGGUUCAGAAGGCCUUGCUGGCGGUGGGCUCAGGGGUUUCCGCUCUUUGGAACCCCUACAGACAUGACAUGGUCGCAGUGCUUGGAGAAACAACAGGCCACCUGGCUUUGCAAAACCUAAGGGACCGGAUGAGAAACGACCCCGAGGGUUAUACAAUUCUAACGGAGAGGCCCAGGAUCCGCUUGUCUACGCUCGAUUUGCAAAAGAUGGCCUCCUUACCCGAGGGGUCUUUAGGUCGGGAAUACCUCCGUUUCCUAGAAGACAAUCAUGUGACACCCGACUCGAGGGCCGGAGUGAAGUUUGUAGACAACGAGGAGCUGGCAUACGUUAUGCAGAGAUACCGGGAGGUCCAUGACCUGCUGCACACCUUGCUGGGAAUGCCCACUAACAUGCUUGGUGAAGUGGCCGUGAAAUGGUUCGAAGCUGCUCAGACCGGACUCCCUAUGUGUGCCCUCGGAGCUCUGUUGGGGCCUGUUCGGCUCAAUGCCAGUCGUCUUCAGUUGCUGGUCACAUCUUUGGGCCCGUGGGCCGUGCAGAACGGCCGAAACGCCCGUUGCGUCCUCAGCAUCUUCUACGAGAGGCGGUGGGAGCAGAACCUGGAAGACCUGAGACAGGAACUCAACAUUCAGCCGCCCCCAUAG